GACCGUUGAAGUAGACUUUGCGAAAGAAGUGGUGUUAUUCCUAUAACGAGCUUAUAUUUUACUCUGCACCUCAUUUGCAACCGUCUUUCACGGCUAACCAGUGCGCAAAGACUUGCGACAAUGCAAAUCUUUGUAAGGAAUCUAUAUUCACGCUCACAGGCGUGUGAGCUUGAGCCAUCUAGCAGCGUCGCGGAGCUGAAAAAGCUAAUUGAGGCAGUGGAAGGCGUCCCCAGCUGCUCCCAGGGCCUGGUGUAUGCCGGGCGUCAGCUGGAAGACGAGCGCAGCCUUCAAUCCUAUGGCAUCCAUCCUCACAGCACGGUGCACCUGGUGCUGCGGCUUCGAGGCGGCAAGGGCGGCUUCGGAGCUCUGCUUCGCGGCCUCGGCCGAGACGGUUCAAAGACUACAAACGACGAUGCCAUGCGCGACCUGCAGGGACGGCGCGUGCGGCAUUCGAACGCUGAAAAGAAGCUGAAGGAGUGGGAGGCCAAAGCCAAGGAACGAGAGCUAGAGAAGAUAGCCCUGCAGCAUAUAAAGGAGCAGGAGCGUCAGGCGCGGCGUGAGCAGGAACAAAAGGUUGAGGUCGACGUAAUCAUGGCAGCACAAAAGGCGGCUGUAGCAGGCGUCCAAGAUGCCGUACAGUCGGCCCUGGCAGAGGCCAAGAAGGCGGCUGCCGCCGGCGGCACCAACGGAGGCAUCAACGGUCGGGGCGCUGCCGUACCCAGCAAGCGUACGGCAACAGCGGGGACGGCAGGGGCGGUUGCCGGGUCGGGGCCAGCUCCCAAGCGGUCUCGCAUGCUGGCAGCGCUGGAGUCAUUUGGGAGCGAGGAUGAGGAUGACAGUGAGGAUAGCGAGGAGGAGAGCAGCGAGGGGGCAGAGAGCGAGGAGGGUAAGGAGGAAGAGGCAGGGAAGGAGAAGGAGGACGAGGGAAAGGAGGUUGGGAAGGCGGAGGGUAAGGAGCGGGAGGCUGGGAAGGAGGGCAAGGGAGACGAGGCAGCUGACGGACAGCAGUGAGCGUGUGGGUGGGCGAAGGCAU